AUUCAGCCUGCUAAAUUUGGCAUGUCAUGCGUCAUUCUGUAGUGCUCGUACGGCUUCCGUGUCUAAGCGGUUUUUCCCUAUGAGAAAAAUGAAUAGGGUUUUUAAAAACCCGCCUCUGUCACAUUCUGUGGUAAAUAAAUCAGACCUCUGUACGUUUUAUUCUGUGUACAUUUUACUCCUGAACAUCACUGGAUCCUCUGAAUUACGAGAUCGUUUAAGGGCUCUAGCUGUUCUGAGGCCAGCCUUGUCCCCCUGGCCUUGUCUCGGGUUCUCAGCAGCACACGCACCUCUGCAGUCAUCCACGGCUUCUGGUUGGGGCGGGUUGUGAUGGCUUUGGAGACAGUAACAUCCUCAAUGCACUUGCUGAUGUAGCCAGUCACUGAGUCUGUGUACUCCUCCAGGUUGAUGGAGUCAUCAGAAGUAGCAGCUUCUCUGAACAUGUCCCAGUCAGUGUGCUCAAAACAGUCCUGACUAUAUUACCAUAGUUUAAUGUGUAGAUCUAAUGUUUUAUCUUCAAAACAAGCAUAAAAACAUCUCUAUAGUUUGUCUCAGUAGUAUGCUGGAUAACUUUUCCAGUCCACCUUAAAUGGUGCAACAGAUGUCAGAGGCUGCGCAGCAUUUAAGGUGCAAUGGGAAAUUAAAUAAAAUAAAAGAUAAAUUCAGCUCCCCAUCACAGAGGAAUUAAGGAAUGGACAAUAAUAGUUCAUUGCUGCUCCACUUGCCUCCUUUCUGAAUACAUACAAUGCCUAAAAUUACAGUUAACCAGCAGCAGCUAGAUUGCUGAACUUUAGCUCUCCAAUGAAAUUCUUCCUGAAAUUAAUUUUUGGAACUUGGGAUGUCUGACCAGGCUUAAUGUUUUUUUAUGUUUUUAAUGUUAAGGGCAUUUAUAUUUUAAAUUUCAUUUCAGCGCAGGGAAAUAAAAUAUGCAUGACUUCAGAAUAGUAGGUUAUGGUACUGUCUUAUUUGUUACAGGAUAAAAUCGUACACAUAGUGCCAUCUAGUGAUGAAGGCUGUAACUGCACUGUUUUAAUAAUUAAUAAAGGUCUAACCUGAAUAUCAGGCAUUUGCCUGAUUACAGAAGUGGUUUUCGUCGUAACGCAGACGAAGGACUGUGACAGUGCUUAUUGAUUACGAAUAUUUAUUCUAACAUAUAUUAAUUUCGGGAUUAUUAUUACUAUGUUGUUAAAUGGUGUUGAGGAGACCCAAGAUGGCAAUUUCUUACCACCAUACAGCUCCAAUCCUCAACAUACGGCAUAUAUAGUAAAUCUAGUGAAGCCACGCCUCCUCGGUGUGCUGAUUGGACGCUGCGACGGUUGCCUGCGUUUCCAUUGGCUCAGCGCGGUGUCAGUCCACGAUGUACAGUGAUGCAGGUUUGGAAGAAGAGGGCUUUGUUUGUGCCCGGAUUUGUUGUCUGUUCCGCGAGAAUAGCCUUAAAUUUUAGAUUACAGGAGUUUUAGUCUUUUCUACUGUUCUGUGAGCCCGCGUGGAGCUGGAGGAUACUGCAGCAGGCAGCCCCAGAGAGGCAGACUUGAGGCAGGCAGCUCCUGCAGUGUUCCUUGAGAUGUCUUCCAGACCUAGAUCCACUGCAUCUGCAUGGCUGUGAUUUGAGAAGAAUGCGCUGCCUGGUGACAAGAGUCAACCACAAGACUCUGAUAGUCAUCUGUGCAGUCUUUGCUUUGAUCACCGUGCUGCUGUGGAACAAGUGUUCCAGCGAUGUGACUUUUCACACCCCAACCAAGCCCCAACCUGAGCCUGCACCCACCCCAGAGGAGGAAGAGGAAAAUGGGCAGCCCCCUGAGGCACCACCAGUGGCUAAGGAGGUCCCGUAUGAGCAGAUUGACUGCCUCAUCAACGAAGAUGUCACCAUCAAAGGGCGCAGAGAGGGUGACGAGGUGUACCUGCCCUUCAGCUGGGUGGAGAAGUACUUUGACGUGUAUGGACGCCUGGUGCAGUAUGAGGGUGUGCCCAUAUCCACCCAGUGGGGCCCACAGGGCUACUUCUACCCUAUCCAGAUAGCCCAGUAUGGACUUAGUCAUUACAGUAAGAACCUUACAGAAAAGCCUCCUGACAUUAGGACGUAUGGUAUGAUGGAAGAUAGAGAUGGCAUCCCCAGUCUCUGGACAGUUCCUAAGGGUUGCUCCCUGGCCAAGGUUCGGGACCCACGCCACUCAGGAAUUGUUAACCAGUUCAGUACACCAGACAAUUCUGAUGGUGUGUCUUUGCCUCUGGACAACUCAAAGGAUUUUGUCCUUUCCUUCAAUGUGAAGUUAAUUUCCAAUGGAAGUGUGUCAGUGGUGUUGGAGACAACGGAAAAAGGACCCCCAUAUGUCAUCCACUACAUCACUAGCUCCCUUCUUAUUUCCUUUAAGGACAGGCACAUCACCUACGGCAUCGGCCCCCGAACAGGCUGGAGUACACUCAGUCGAGACCUGGUUACUGACCUGCGUAAGGGGGUCGGUUUGUCUAACACAAAAGUAGUGAAGGCGACUCGGAUCAUGCCUCGGCGCGUAGUCCAGCUUGAACUGCGCGGCUCAGGCUUCAUCAGCAACAUCAGCAUUUCGUCCACGGCUCACAUGGCUGCCUUCUUUGCUGCGAGCGACUGGCUUCUGCGCAAUCAGGACGAGCGUGGCGGGUGGCCCAUCAGAGUGGCGCGGAAGCUGGGGGAGGGCUUUAGGACCCUGGAGCCUGGCUGGUACUCAGCAAUGGCCCAGGGCCAAGCCAUGUCCACACUGGUGAGAGCUUACCUGAUCACACACGACCCAGUGUACCUCAGCGCUGCCAUGAGGGCCACAGCUCCGUUCAAACGGACAUCAGAGCAGCAUGGCGUAAAGGCCCUGUUCAUGAACAAGUUCGACUGGUAUGAAGAGUACCCAACCAUGCCCAGUUCCUUCGUGCUCAAUGGCUUCAUCUACUCUCUGAUUGGACUGUACGACGUGGCAGAAAUAGCCGGGGACAAAUUUGGCAGAGAAGCCGGCAUACUGUUCAGCCGCGGAUUAGAGUCGCUGAAAGCCAUGCUGCCACUGUUUGACACAGGUUCUGGAACUGUGUAUGACCUGAGACAUUUCACGCUGGGUGUGGCACCAAAUCUUGCACGCUGGGACUACCACACCACUCACAUAAACCAGCUGCAGCUGCUAGCUUCCAUAGACAGUUCUCCCAUUUUCAGAGACUAUGCCAAACGAUGGAAGACUUACCUGAAAGGGGGUCGUGCCAAGCACAACUAGAGUUAUCCCAAAAACACUGAUUUGUACUACAAAUUGUCUAAGCUGUUAAUAACUGAAACUGUGUCAGCUAAAACAAUAAAACAUUGUUGAAAAGUUGUCUAAAAAUGUGACAGUUAGGGAUGUCCCGAUUUGGUCUGAAAGAUUGAUCAAGGCUGAAGUUGAUCAAUAAUGUCUAAAAUACUUAAUAAAAUGCUCCACCUUUUUAAAGGACAUUUCUGCCACUGUUUGAGAGGUGAGAAAUAGACAUUAUCCUCACAUAUUUUAAGGUAACAAAUAGUCUAAAGCUAUGAUCAGACUGCCAGCCCAAAUCGGAUUCUUGGCAUAUUUAGGUUGUGUUCAGAUUAAUUUGUCUGUACAGCAAAAUAAUCUGAUUUCUGAAAAUUGAAUCUAAAACACAUUUGAAGGUGGUUUGAAAUGUGAUUUAUAAUUUUAUUUGUAUUUGUAUUUACUUGCAUUGUGAUAAACAAGACCCACAAUAAAUCCAGAGUGACGGAAGCCAAAGUUACCGAUGGUAAACCAUUAGCACAUCAAUCUAUGCAGCUAGGCUUGUGAUUUGUCUGGAAAUGCAAUUCGAUCUGAUCACUUGCAAAUAACAGUGAGGACAGUCAUUGAGAAAAAAUCUAAUUUACCUACAGUCUAAACAUCUCCAAAACUGUGUAAAACUGGAUUUUUUUAGAUUUAGUUUAGAAGUAACAGUGCUUUUGCUCAUAUUAGAGCAAGCUCAUAUACAUAGGAAGUGGAACAAGUACACUUAACUUGAUAAACAGUAUGAUAAACAGUUUCUGCCUGCUUACACAUUUAUAUAUGCGUUUGCUAAUAUGUCACUGAUUUUACAGAAACAUUUAAAAGUAAUAAGUAGACUGUCAUAUAGAAAUCGGUAAAGAAGAUUGGAUUUGGUAACUUUGUGUGGCUGUAUAAAAAUACAAAACUUAACACAUUUAUUGUCAAAUAGUUCAAAUUUAAUGGUAUUAUUUAUAGCAAACUACAACUUGAUCAGGACAUCCCUAGUCACUGCAUAGAAAUGCCAUCCAGUAGCUUAAGCGUAAUUUAUAUACUUUCACAUUUUAUGAAGUUGAUGAGCUUUUAUUUCAAGGAGCAUUUUAGAAGAUUUGGUUCUUACACUUGAAUGCUUGUACCAGUAGUGAAAGUGUUUUUAUACUUCCAACAUAGCAGUUCAGCAUCAAAAGCAAUUCUGAUAUUUACAUGCACUUUAAGAUAAGCACAUAAAAUUAAGCAGAUUAUGAUAUGGUAAAAUCAGCAAUGAUAGAAGCAGAUAUUAGGACUGAAUUUGUGUAGAGCAAAACUCAGCAGUGAUGAACAGCAUAUUGUGCUGCUUCAUGGCAAGGAAUUGUUGGUUCUAUUUAAGGUUUUGUGGGAUGUGCAAUAGUUUUAAGUGCUAUGUUGUACAUUGUGUGUUGUAUUUAUUUUGUUGUGGUAACUAGCUGUAAAUUAAAUUUUCUUCAGUCAUUUAGUCAUAAAAACUGAAUUUCGAGAGGAUUUCUGAUUAGUGUGUUGGUGUAGACAUUCAGUUUGAUUGUUCUUUUUUUAUUAUAAGCAGCUUUAAAGUUAAAAUUAAAGUAUUUAGACAUA